AUGCUAGGGUAUAAGUUGAAAGUUAUUAGACUCUGGUUCUUGCUAAUACUAAGCAGUCUUCUAUUUAUGUCGGUUAUUUGUAAGCCUAAACAUACCAAGAAAGGUAAGGGUAAAGUGGUUAAAAAAGAGAUAGAUCAGGUGGACGUUGAGUCAACAUUGGGCUCUCUUAUGUGUGGAUUGAAAGCCCGAGUUAGUAACGAAACCGAAGAGAUAGUAAUUGUAUGGAAGACACGUUUUAAAGAUCCUCUGCCAGCAGUCCAAAUAACCAAUCCAACGGUCAUUCUGCCAAGUCUAAGCAAAGAAUCAACUAAAAGACUCGAUAGUAUAAGCAAGGGCAUAGAUCAUAUCGGUCGUAUUGAGAUAAACCAUUUAAUUGUUGACAAGUUCGAUAUCGGCACAGGUGAUAAAGGCGGCAAAAUCAUAUCAAUUAUACUGCGAAUACUGUACCGAGUAGAUGCGCAGAUGAUUAAUAUUCAGCAAAUCACUGGGGUGCUCCCCCGACCGCUCGACUCAAUUUGUUUGUUGGAAAAGAACCUUGGCUUACCGCCAACCAAAAUAACACUAACCCAGACCCACACAUCAAUUUCUAUUCUUACAUACCUCUACAAUCUGAAACCAAUAAUUGAGCUGAACAUCAGUUCCUAUAGCGGCCAAUCUCGUCUUAAUUGCGACAGUAUUUGCUGGGCACCCAACAGCACACUAAACCUCUAUAUGGCCAAGUUAGAGGCACCUGUAUACAUACUGCAGAUAAAGGACAAGAUAAACACAUUUGACAAACUUACUUUAUAUUACAGUGGCGCCUUCUGCGCCCUUAAAAGCGGUUGUACGUACUAUAUCCCUACAUCUACUUUAAUCGCGUUUAUUAAUCAAUCCAAGCUUCAAGUUCUAGUCAUUGACUAUAGAAUCUUCCUCUUAUCCUUGGCCAAAGUGCAAAUCGAGCUAAAAGAAGUCCAUCUGCUUAACGUCUUUCUUACCUCCACCAAACAGGUCCUUAAGGAAUUGGGCCUUACUGAAUAUAAACUAUGCAAUGACUAUAAACAGAUCAAACGAGAUAAACUAGCCCUUGUCUGCACCCAAAUAGUCUUUGAUAAUUGCAACAACAACAAGAACAAGCAAGCACUAUUCUUCCCCAUGCUGGCCAGUGACGAAGAGGAGUUCGUAAAUGACCGGGUCAAUCUACUAAAAGGACUCAACAAAAACGAGCCCAUCGAAGUCCUCAAACAGUCCGACGAUCGAGCUUCUUAUAAUGAUAAUCUAAUUGAGAUGUACCGCAAACUCAACAUAACCAUGCUACCAUCGACAAGACCCCAUGAGCAUCCAUACCAUCCAACCGGUCUUCUAGUUCCUCGACUUAGUUUUGAUUUAAGCAAACGAGAUCAGUUGGUAGAGAUCUAUGAUCUUUUAGCCCAGACAUGCUACACAUUCUCAGUCCCCGUCAACAUUAUUUAUCAAGAGGUUCAUAUCUAUUGUUCAAAUGCAAAAACCAAAGAUAUAGAUAGCCAUUUUAGCGAGCUAAUCUCACAGCUCGGCCCACUAAGGCCCGAAACCGUCCUCUGUUUGAAGAAUCUCGAUCUAAACAACCUCUAUUUCACAGAUAAAGAAAAGGUCAGUUUGUGCACCCAGCAUAUCAAGUUCGUUACUACCAAAGCGAGCGGUUAUGAAGCCACACUAACGGCCCUCGAUUUGGCAAAUCUGACCCAAAUAUCGAUAGACGAAGUCCCAGAGCUCGCCGGAAAAGCUCAUGACAUCUGGUUCUCUAUUUUCAUGCAACCCAAUCUCAAAUGUCUCACAAUCACAACCAACUGGAUCAAAUACCUCACCCGAGCUGCACCAGCAGCCGCCUGCUUCCCUAUAUGCCACAUUGUUCUAACUACUUCCAAUCUAAAACAAACCAUCAACGAAGACCUCAUUCCUCUUAAUCCCAAUAAGAUCGCCCUGCACCAACUAUGCCGAAUAUCCAUCAUCCGCGUCAUCAUCGAAGCCCACAAGAAGCCCAACCACCCAACCACCCAAGCAAUUUUCAAACAACUCCAAGACUGGUAUAUGCCGAUACUCAACCAAGAUACCAUUCUCAUAAACACGGCUCCAACCGAUCUUCCGGAUCUGGAGCAGAUAACCCAACUCCAAUCCUACUUCAUUUCUCUCAACAACCCACCCACUACCAAACACCUCAUUCUUAAACCCAUCGCCACCACCAACCAAUCCGACAAGAAUCCACUUAAUUACUUCACCGCAAUUCUACAUUGGGCCUCUUUCUUUUUCCCCAACCUUAUCUCCAUUACUUUCCAAGGCUUCAAUAUCCACGACAAAACCCAAUUUCUUCUCACCAACAGUUCAUACGUUCUCAUCAGCUCCAUACCCCGCGUACCCUUCCAAAUAACCUUUAACUACUACCUAACUCCAAAUACAACCACAACCCCGCCUGCCACCCAAAUGGUCACAUUCCAGCCCAAACUCGAAUGCAUCCAUGCUGACCAAGCCUUCUUCCAAUCCGCCCGAAAAGCCUCUUUCAUUAUCGAAAUAACCAGAGUCGUCGGCCCCGGAGCUUGCGCAAUUGGAGGGGUCGCCGAUGUCCCCAUCAGCAACUAUUACAACCGCCUCUCUAGGCUCUGCCAAGGCCCAUCUUGCUCACUAAUCCAACAAGCCCAACGUCUAUUUUGCAAACCCUAUAAAGACAUCAGCUUCAUAUGCAGCCAAACUAGGCGUAUCGAGCGCCAAUUCCUCUACAUCCUCCCUUGCCAGCACAUCUUCUGUUCCUACUGCCUUAUCCCCGGCCGCAACGAUAACCCAAAAUGCCCCAUGUGCGACGAACCCUACAUCUAUAAUACAACCACCCAAACCUACAUCCCCACCUACCACCUUCCAACUGAACGCAGCCCAGCCGAGGUCAUCGACCGGUUCAUCUACAAUCCCUUCAACCCUCCAAAGGUAAAUAAUGCAGACACCCAAAAUCCAAGCACUUGCCCAUCAUUAUUGCCGAACCCAUUACAUCCUCCAUGCAUUCUAUACCAAGAAGACAUCUACCCCGACCUUUUCGGCCACAUCAAGCCAAUCAUUCUUUCCAAUAUCAAACGCACAGCAAAAGGCCUAAACCCAGACAUAACCCAACAUUCUCCCGGCCCAAACAUCAAUGAAGACAUCAGGCAAUUAAUCAAGGACUUUAGAUUCCAGACACCUACCCGCUUACCGCCCAACCCCACCCAACAACCUCACAACCGACCCAGUCCAAACAAAUGCUACUAUACCAUCAUGCCACUCGAGGAACAAUAUGAGUAA